AUGCCCCCUAACACUAACGACAGCUCUAUUGAAUCCGUCUCUGAACAGUUCCAAAAGCUUGAUUUAAAGGCAUUGGCAAGAGAAAAGGGUGCAUAUCAGGUCUAUCCCAAAAUCGCUUAUCCUCCUCUUGAACCAUUUGAACACCAUGACCCCGGAAAGCUUGCUGAUCCCAAGAAGGCCUCCCUCUAUGACAACGCUGAAAAGAUCUUUGAUUUGACUCCCUCCAUUGGCACUGAAGUCCAUGGCCUUCAGUUGUCGCAACUCACUGAUCAACAAAAGAAUGAUUUAGCAUUGCUAGCUGCUGAAAGGGGUGUCGUCUUCUUCCGCAAUCAAGAUCUUGAUCCCUAUCAAGGCGUUGAGCUUGGUAAAUACUUUGGAAAGCUCCACAUUCACAAUCUUGCAGGACAACCUGAAGGUCUUCCAGAAGUAAUAAGUGUUUUUUAUGACGAGCAAGAUUCUCAAACCACCAAGCUACUAGAGUCUAGAUCUGCCGACGAGGCCUGGCACAGCGAUAUCACCUAUGAAAACCAACCUGCUGGCUUGACAUUCCUCAAAAUUGAUACUGUACCUGGGUCUGGAAAUAGUGUUGGUGGAGACACCAUCUGGGCCUCUGCCUAUGACGCUUAUGACAAGCUAUCAAAGCCCAUGCAACAGUUCCUUGAAGGCUUAGAAGCUGUGCAUACAGGUCAAGUCCAUAAAGACAAUGCCCAGCGUACAGGCCAUUUUAUUCGCCGUGAUUUCGUGGAUUCCGUUCAUCCUGUUGUUCGUACUAACCCUCUCACUGGCUGGAAAGGUUUGUUUGUCCAACCCGGAUUUACAAAGAGCAUUGUUGGUUUAAAUCGCAAAGAAUCUGAUGUGUUGCUCAAAUUCUUGUUUAAUCAUAUCGCCGGUGGCCAUGAUUUCCAAGUAAGAUUCAAUUGGACUGAAGAUACCAUUGCUGUAUGGGAUAAUAGAUCUACGUUCCACUGUGCCAUUUUUGACUAUUUUAAAUCUGGAAGACGCCAUGGCUGGAGAAUCACGCCUACAGCUGAGAGACCUUACUACGAUCCCAACAGCAAAUCAAGAAGAGAAGAUUUAGCAGAAAGAGCAGCCAAUGCUCAAUAA